GGCUGCGGGGAGGGCGCGGACAGACAGACCGACCUAGUCGGGAUGGGGGGUGUGGUUGCUCCGCCAGGGUCCGGCGGGUGGGAGAGCGGCUCCGCGACCGCCGGUGGCCGGGGCCCCUCUGCCUUCUAGAGAUGCUUUUCUUCUCGUUUCAUGCAGGCUCCUGGGAAAGCUGGUGCUGCUGCUGCUGCCUGAUUCCACCCGACAGACCUUGGGACCGGGGCCGGCGCUGGCGGCUGGAGAUGGCGGACACGAGAUCCGUGCAUGAAACCAGAUUUGAGGCAGCGGUGAAGGUGAUCCAGAGUUUGCCGAAAAAUGGUUCAUUCCAGCCGACAAAUGAAAUGAUGCUCAAGUUCUAUAGCUUCUAUAAGCAGGCAACUGAAGGACCCUGUAAACUAUCAAGGCCUGCAUUCUGGGAUCCUAUUGGAAGAUAUAAAUGGGAUGCUUGGAGUUCAUUGGGUGAUAUGACCAAAGAGGAAGCCAUGAUUGCAUAUGUUGAAGAAAUGAAAAAGAUUCUUGAAACUAUGCCCAUGACUGAAAAAGUUGAAGAACUGCUUCAUGUCAUUGGUCCAUUUUAUGAAAUUGUGGAGGACAAAAAGAGUGGCAGAAGUUCUGAUUUAACCUCAGAUCUUGGUAAUGCUCUGACUUCUACUCCAAAUGCCAAAACUGUUAAUGGUAAAGCUGAAAGCAGCGAUAGUGGAGCUGAGUCUGAGGAAGAAGAGGCCCAAGAAGAAGUAAAAGGAGCAGAGCAAUGUGAUAAUGAUAAGGGAAUGAUGAAGAAAUCUGCAGACCACAAGAAUUUGGAAAUCGUUGUCACUAAUGGCUAUGAUAAAGACAGCAUUGUUCAGGGGGUACAGAAGGACAUUCCUGCCAGCUCCUCCCAGGACGGCAAAGACGCUGAGGAAGUAAAACAUGUAGAUCAAAACUUGGAGCAAACUGGGCAGACUGCUGUCUGCAUUCAACAAGAUAUAAAUGAUGAUCAUGUUGAAGAUGUUUCAGGAAUUCAACAUUUGACGAGUGAUUCAGACAGUGAAGUUUACUGUGAUUCCAUGGAGCAAUUUGGACAAGAAGAGUCUUUAGAUAGCUUUACGUCAAACAGUGGGCCAUUUCGAUAUUACUUGCGUGGUGAUCCCAGUCAGCCCUUGGAAAGCUCUGGUUUUCCUGAAGACGUUCAAGUAUCUUCUGGAAAUGGCAGCACUGGGGAUGUGCAGGCAGAAGCAGUCGAAGGAAAAGGUGAAGUAAAGCAUGGAGGAGAAGACGGCAGGAGUAACAGUGGAGCGCCGCACCGUGAGAAACGGGCUGGGGAAAAUGAGGAAUUCUCUAACGUCAGAAGAGGGAGAGGGCACAGGAUGCAGCAUUUGAGUGACGGAAACAAGGGUCGGCAAGUGGGCAGUGGAGGUGAUGGGGAGCGCUGGGGCUCGGACAGAGGGUCGAGGGGCAGCCUCAACGAGCAGAUUGCUCUUGUGCUCAUGCGCCUGCAGGAGGACAUGCAGAGCGUCCUCCAGAGACUCCACAAGCUGGAGACCCUGACGGCUUCGCAGGCAAAAUCAUCAGCAUUACAGACCAGUAAUCAGCCCCCUUCACCGAGACCGUCUUGGUGGCCCUUUGAGAUGUCUCCUGGUGCAUUAACUUUUGCUAUCAUAUGGCCUUUUAUUGCCCAGUGGUUGGUGUAUUUAUAUUAUCAAAGAAGGAGAAGAAAACUGAACUGAAGAGCAUGACACUUGCCGAAGAGGACUGUUGGCCUGGAUGACCUCGGAAUACGAUGGAUUGUGGAGCUCACACGAGAACCCUAGUUUGUGAUGGUUACAUUUCUUUUUGUUGUCCAGUAGUUUGGUUUGUGUACAUAUAUACAUACAUACAUUUUGCACUACACAAAUGAUAACAUUUUAAGGACUAAUAUUGCUGAUACUUGAAUAAUCAGUCUCAACUAGGUUACAAGUAGCAUACAUAGAUUUAUUUACCCCACCCUUGAACUUGAAGGACAUUUAAUUAUUGUUUGGUAACAUGUUUACCUGACUAUCUCCCAUAGAGAAAUAUAAGCUGCUUUUCCAAAGGUACAGUUGUGAUCAUGACAACAGAUUUGUAACUGGGUAUUUUUAAUUUUCCAAAUUAAAUAUGAGCAAGAAUGCAAAGCAGGAGUGUUUCAAGUGAGAUUAAAUCGGCUUGCUUUCUUAGUCACUGAAGCGCCAUGCCAAGGAGUAGAAAAUGGCUGGAAGGAUCUUCUCCACGUCCAUCCACUUCGUGGGCUGCCCACCCGUAAUCUUUCUUGGGCUCACAGCUCUAACGUUAGUGUUCAGGCAUCAUUAUGACAAAGUAGAGUCCUAGGUACUUGGCUUAGUUUUAACAAAUGAUUCACAGAAUGGCCAUAACCUGCUAAUGAAAGUGAUGAAGAGGGGCCUACAGUAGGUUUGACAGUGUAUUCUCAACCUGCAGAUCAUGCAUAAGAUUUGUAUUCAAUCACAUACACCGAUUCCUUCGUAAUCAUUUUUCUUUAACUGAGGAUAUCUUGUUUCUGCUUCAUAGGGUGCUUUGAUAUAAAAUGAAAACUUAUUUAUACUGUUUUUACAAAGGUUAAAAAGGAAACACAUGAAAAUCGCUUUUCUGCAACUGAUAAACUACACAGACUGGACUCUUAACCUCUUAGUGCCUCAGGUUUUCCUUCGGGGGUAGUAUUUGCGAUAAACCUACUUCACCAGGGUACUGGAAGGAUUUGCAAGCUAGCAGGCCAUGUGCUUCCACGUGAACAAGACAUACCCAACUGGUGUAAAUUUAAGUGUCUCCCCUCCCCCACCAACCUACCACAUUUGGAUCCUUGCAGGCUUUGUUUGGAAUGACUCUUGCUGUAUACCUUUUAAACUACCUUCUCAUGUAGAUGUACCUUGUGCUUUAAAGAUUUGUCUGAGUCAAAGGCUUAGUAUCAAAUAAUUAAAAAAUAUUCUUGGUAUGUAUGAUGUUGAGUUUAACAUCAUGUGUUCAGAGUGUUUUCAAUAAGAAAGUAACCCAUCCCUAGUAUUGAGGGUGGUUCUCUGUUUACCUGAAGAAAAAAGCAGAAGAAUAUGAUUUGCUUUUCCUAAGACUCUUUUUUCCUUACAGGUAACUUGAUGUUUUUUAUUUUUUAAUCCCGUCUUGAUUAAAAUGUGUCUUGUCUCAAGGGAUCUACUACUAUUUGCUUUUUAAAAACUGUCCUCUAUUUAUUUCAGGAAAAAAAAAUGAAGCAAGUAACUCUGCAUUAUAAGUGGAAAUAAAACUUAGACCUGUGGAUCGGGGAUUAUUUUCAAAAAUUAGCUAUCAAUCUGGUAUCAGAAAAUGGUGGCUUUUUCUCUUAGUAUGUAAAUAAAUAAGAUGCAAAUUAAGAAUGAAAGCAGUUGUGAUUCAUUGAAGCAGUUGGGGGCUACUAACUCCUAGGUAUAACUAUUUGUAUCCUAUUCCAAAGUUUUAUUUUAUAGUUUGAAAAGCACUUUGCACACAGUUCUUGUAUAUACAAGUAAAGAUGAAAUUAUAGGAUAUAGUGGUA